AUGGCCGUCAAUUGGUACUUUGAUAUCCGGGAGAGCGAAUAUGGCUGGAUCAAGCCUGAGAACACGGUUAAUGUUGACGAGGGCGGUAUCAUGGCUGGAUUUGGUGAUGUCUUCAACGACCCUGAGCUUCGCGAGCUCUUGACAUCGCCUCCGGGCGCCAUUUCCUAUGUGUUAUCUGCGACUUCUUUCUACCUCGACAUUUCGGCUUCGCGAGCCUGCGACAUUUCGGGCUAUGCGCCCUCGAUUUCCCCCCGUACGACCGACCUCUGCAGCCUCGGCUGUCCAGACAACGUUUGCGGCAUCCUGCUGCUUGACAUUCGGGGCCACUACACCCUCACCUUCACCUUCGCCUGCAGUUUGGCGCUGCCUCGACCGACCACUGCCGCUUUGGCUGCCCGAACAACACAAGCAGCCGCCGGCUGCUCGACUUUCUGGGCCCCCUGGUGCCCCCGACCUCGACGCACGAGCCUCACAUGGCUCGCUGCCCUUUUUGCAGCUCGGAAGCUGCAUGACCGAUCUCUGCAGUCGUGUACUGCCCAGAGACCCUCUUCUUCUUUGCAGCAUCGGCUGCUGCCCGGAACACAACCGGGCUUCGACAAUUUGUCUCACUGGCUGAGACCACUUGACAAAACUGCUGGGUCAAAAUGGUACAGAGCUUACCUGCAGACCGUGGAAUGGGGCGACUGCCUCGUCCACAGAGCAGCGUUGUAGCCGCCUUGGAUUUUUCCCCUGCGAGGGGUUUCCCCAAGGAUGCACGGUCCUAGGUUGCAGCUACUGGCGAUCUU